UUUGACAGUAGGCUUUGGUAUUGGGGAGCCUCGGGUCGGUCCAUCAUAAGCUCCAUUCAUAUAACUAUAAACCCUAAACUGGUCGGUCCAUCAUAAACCCCAAAAUCGCAGUUUAGCAGAGAUCUUCCUAGCCGUAAGCCAUGGUGAACGUGCCAAAGACAAAAAAGACUUACUGCAAAUCAAAGGAGUGCAAAAAGCACACCUUGCAUAAGGUGACCCAGUAUAAGAAGGGGAAGGAUAGCUUAGCUGCUCAAGGAAAAAGGCGUUAUGAUCGCAAGCAGUCUGGUUAUGGUGGCCAGACCAAGCCCGUCUUCCACAAGAAGGCCAAAACAACCAAGAAGAUUGUGUUGAGGCUGCAAUGCCAGGGCUGCAAGCAUGUCUCCCAACACCCAAUCAAGAGGUGCAAACAUUUCGAAAUUGGCGGGGACAAAAAGGGCAAAGGGACAUCACUCUUCUAAUAGGAAAAGCAGAAUCGUUGGUUUACUUUGUUAUUUGGGAGUCCUGUGGUUAAAUUUUUUUUGGUUGUGAGUGUUAUGUUUGGUGAAAUAUGAGUCAUCUUACCACUGAAUUUUGUGUUUUUUGACAUUGGAUUAGUUUCCAAACUGUAUUCCACAAGAAUUCAGCAUCAUAUUGCUUGAACAGUUUGUUGAUUUA